UGUCAGUUGCAUCGACCUCCGGGCGGUGAGACCGCGAGCGAUGACGUCGGUGGCUCUGCGCCCAGCCAGGGCAUCACGAGAUCCCCUCGCACUCAUUCAAUUACUCGAUCCAAACAGGUCACAACAAUGAGCAAUGAGGAGGACGUGAAACGCCGCCUCUCGUCUCUCCGCAGACCCGUCUCACCUCCCCCAGCCCGCCCCGCAUCCGGCUCGCUGGCUGCCUUGGAAGCUGGGAAAGAGAGCGUGAAGGAUCCUCUGCAAACCGUCUCCGCACAUCUCCGCAAAUUCACUCGCAACACCACGCUUGGCGAUACGAGUUCCUUGGGCUUGCUCCAAAUCGAUGAUUGGAAAUCCCUCUACACCCGUAACUCUCAUCAUUCGGGUCGCCAUUUCGUCAUCCAUCAGCAUGACCACCCGGUUGCUGGCCCGCACUAUGAUCUCCGGCUGCAGUUCUCAGAAUCCAGCUCCCUUAGCUGGAGUGUGAUGUACGGGCUUCCAGGGGACGCGAAUAGCAGGCGGCUGAAUCGCAAUGCGACCGAAACGAGAGUGCAUUCACUAUGGAACCACCUCAUCGAAACCGCAAGCCCAAAGACAGGCAGCAUGAUCAUCUGGGACACCGGCGAAUACGAAAUUAUUCCAGAAAAGUCGAAGCGCAACGGCCGACCAGAUACAGGACCCGAGCCGGAAACAGAGGAAAGUAGUGAAACCGAAUCUGAACCUGAGGCAGCCCGAGACAGUCUCGAGUCAGAAAGUGAGAAACUGCGAAGGGCGUUCCAAAAUCACAAAAUCCGUCUCCGCCUCCACGGCACCCGCCUCCCCAGUAACUAUACCAUCUUCCUCCGACGCGACAGAACCGAUUUAAGAUCCGCCCCGACACCGGAAUCCCUCGCGCGCAAGCCGAUAAAGCGGAAGCGGAGGCGGGUUAUCACAACUGCCGAGCCAAGCAGCACUUCGAAUUCCGAAUCAGAUACAGGGGUGGCAGACUCGUCCUCAGGACACAUGUCGGCAUCAGGAAAACGACGCAAAGAGGCCAACAAGACAGAACACUCCGACGCAGAGGGCGACAGCGCGACCGACUACCAAAUCCGACUUAACAACGCGUAUCCCGGUGCGGUAAACGACAUCGGCUCCAUCCAUCAGAGACGGUGGUUCAUCGUGCUGGAUCGCGCCGGUAGCGGGUUUGUUCCUGACAAAGAUUCCAUUUUUGGUAAAAGGCGUUGGAUACGUGGGGUUGAUAAACGGUCCGGCGCGAGAACGGGCUUCGAUCCAUUUUACGUGCGUGGGCCCGAAGUGGAGAGGAGCAUUGUCACUGGGCGACUCGGAGGCGAUGUACUCAGCGACGAAGGCGUAGAGGGAUUCGUACCAAGACGAGGCUGGAAUCCCGUUCUGAACUGAUGAUAGACUUGUAUUGCAUCUGUAUAUAUC